UACUUUACUUUUUGGGAUGAAUGUGGUGAAUAUUCUACGCUUGAUGCUGCUUAUAUAUUUGGACUACCACCAGCUUGACUUCCUCUGUAAAGGACUCUUCCGCCUUCGCCAUUUCCUCUUCCAUGGAGUUCCUCACUAUAUAGCCUUCAUCUUUCUCUCUUCCCUCUUAAAAAUGGCGCAUGUUGGAAGCAUGAGUGUGUAUGAGAGAGUGAUGAUGUCAAGGAAUAGGGAGCACAAGAAAAAGCUCGUUGUAUGGGCAUUUGCAGUCUCUCUAGCCAUAGCUUUAUCUGCCGGCCUCGCUUUAAAGACCAUAAAGCAAGCAGGAGCUAAGCCGAAGCCACUGGGUCACUCGCUGCAUUCCCACAACGUAGUCUCCAGAGCCACCGACACGUCCACCGCCGUCACUGAGAGCUCUGUCGCUUCCACCUGCAAGUCCACCCUCUACCCGGAGGCAUGCGAGGCGGCGCUGGCGUCGGUUGCGUCGACGGCCAGCACGAAGGAGAUGUUCGACGUCUCCGUCGAGUCCGCGAAGAGCAGGGCCCGCGUGGCGCGUGACGUGGCUUACAACCUGACGCAGCCGUCGGCCCAGAAGUCCACCUCGCGCUCGCAGUCGAGCGUCAACGACUGCCUCGAGCUCCUGGACAUCACCCUGGACCAGCUCGACGACGUCUUGCGCGCGAAGAAGAGCUCCGGCUUCCACGACGUCCAGACGUGGCUCAGUGCCGCGCUGACCAACCAGGCGACGUGCUCGGAGGGCCUCGAGACCGUCAAGGCCAAGGGCGGCGACUCCUUGAACGCCCAGGUGGAGAGCCUGUCGCAGUACAUCAGCAACGCGUUGGCGCUGCAUAAGAAGGUUAAGGCUAAGGACAAGGACGGCCAUGGUGGCCGGAAGCUCCUGUCCGACAGGUUUCCGGAGUGGCUAUCGGCAGGAGACCGGAGACUUCUACAGGCCUCUCCAGAGGACAUCCGGGCUGACGCGGUGGUGGCCAAGGACGGCAGCGGGACGCACACGACCAUCAAUGAGGCGAUCGCCUUCGUGUCCUUGGCCUCCAAGGGCAGCGGCGAUGGUAGCACGAAAGUGAUAUACGUGAAAGCUGGCACGUACAAAGAGUACAUCAACAUCCCAACCAAGCAGAAGAACGUAAUGUUAAUGGGGGAUGGAAAGGGCAAAUCGAUCGUUGUAGGCAGCAGGAACGCCAAUGACGGCUACACAACGUACGGCUCUGCGACUGUCGCUGCAAUGGGUGCGGGCUUCAUCGCGAAGGGCUUGACCAUCAUCAACAACUCAGGCCCAAGCAAGCACCAGGCGGUGGCGCUGCGCGUCGGCGCUGACAAGUCCGUGGUGUACCAGUGCUCCGUCCAGGGCUACCAAGACACCCUGUACACCCACUCCAACCGCCAGUUCUACACGGAGACCGACAUCUACGGCACCGUCGACUUCAUCUUCGGCAACUCCGCCGUGGUGCUGCAGAACUGCUACAUCCAGCCCCGGAAGCCCGGGGGCGGCCAGAAGAACUCCGUCACGGCGCAGGGCCGCACCGACCCCAACCAGAACACGGGCAUCUCCAUCCAGAAGUGCAAGAUACAGGGCUCGUCCGACCUGGGGAGCACGCCGACGUACCUCGGCCGGCCGUGGCAGAAGUACUCCCGGACCGUCGUGAUGGAGACCUACUUGGACGAUUCGAUCGACCCGGACGGUUGGGAGCCCUGGUCGGGAAGCUUCGCGCUGUCCACGCUCUACUACGGGGAGUACGCCAACACGGGGCCAGGGGCCUCCACCUCCGGCCGCGUCUCCUGGGCCGGCGUCCACCCGUCCCUCUCAUCCAGCGAGGCGUCCAAGUUCACGGUUGCAGAGUUCAUCGUCGGGGACUACUGGUUGCCGAACACCGGUGUCAGCUACACCUCCGGACUCUGAUACCCUACUGGUUGUUCCACGGCCCCCAGGUCCAGGUAAACGGGCCCUUAAUGGGCCUUAAAGCAAAUGCCUUGUGGGCCUUAAGUGGUGGUGUACAAGCUGUGAAUGUUAUAAUUUCCAUAUUGAUGUUAUAAAUGCUGGAGACCUUAGAAAUUCCUUUUUU